UGGCUGCGCAUCUAUACCCCCCGAAUCAGAACCGAGUUUCACACAAUCCCCAAGUCUUGUCCGCGUAUCUACGUGACCGGCUGCGGAUCCGACGUCUUGAUCCAGUAAUUCCGCCCUUAGCUACCCAUUAGGUCUACCCCGCUAAGAAGCCCCGCCAACGUCACUUAUGAGGACAGCUUCAAAAGUGCCACUGCUUCGAGCAUUACUGCUGCACACUGCGACUCCGCGCCUCCACCACCACCACCACCACCACUCCUUCUCGUACCACACCAGACGAGCCAUCAUGUCUUUCGAAACUACCGGCACCAUCGCCUCCUUCGGGGGCAAGCUGCUCCAGCUCAAGCACAAGUCGUCGAGCACCAGCACAGACAUGGCCCUGAACCUGUACCUGCCGCCCCAGGCAUUGAAGUCUGGCGCAAAGGUCCCGGUGCUGUUCUACCUCUCUGGUCUCACAUGCACCGCGGCCAACUGCUCGGAAAAGGGAUUCUUCCAGCACGGUGCCAGCAAGCACGGCAUUGCCAUUGUGUACCCCGACACAUCACCAAGGGGACUGAACAUCGAGGGCGAGGACGAGUCGUAUGACUUUGGGUCAGGUGCAGGCUUCUACAUCGAUGCCACCAAGGAGCCAUGGACGAAAGGCUACAACAUGUAUUCGUACAUCACAAAGGAGCUUCCCGACGCGCUUUUCUCACAGUUCAAGGAGCUAGACUCCAGCAAGGUCAGCAUCACAGGGCACAGCAUGGGAGGCCACGGUGCUUUGACCUUGUUCUUGAAGAACCCCGGAAAGUACAAGUCCGUGUCCGCCUUUGCACCAAUUGCCAACCCCAUCAACGCGCCGUGGGGCCAGAAGGCCUUCAAGGGGUAUAUUGGCGACAACGAGGAGGAGUGGAAGAAGCACGACGCCACAGAGCUUGUCAAGCAGUGGAAGGGGCCGCUCGAGAUGCUCAUCGACGUUGGCACUGGCGACAACUUCUACAAGCAGAAGCAGCUGUUGCCAGAGAACUUGAUCGAGGCAGCCAAGCAGGCCGGCAACGACAAGGGCAUCCAGCUGCGCAUGCAGCCCGACUACGACCACAGCUACUACUUCAUGGCCUCUUUUGCGGAUGACCACGUCGAGUGGGCGGCGAAGCACCUGAACGCGUAGUACGUGGAUCGAACUGUAUGAUCAAUAGCACGUGCUGAUCGCCGUCGAAGCGAUUCGAAUGAUAAACCCAAGCUGUAGGGUCGUGGAAUUCGAGAAUCACGAAAAAGAAACAAAAGGCGAAAUGCACUGUACAUAGUCAACACGAAUGAACUUGCUGAACAUCUCCUCGCUGCCUCGAGACCUGUCAAAGC